AUGGGCAAGGCCGAGGCCGAGGCGGGAUCGACGAUAGGCGACAGGCCAGCAAGCCAGAAGUGCGGUAGAGACAAGAAGGGGCAGGAAGGGUAA